AUGCAAAUUGAUAAUGGACAUCCGGCGGGCUGCGGGCCGUCGAGAUCAAAUCGUCAAAAGGCUGGAUGGAAAGCAGGCACCCGAUUGGCUGGCGCGCGAGGGUUGCGCGACCAGUUCAGGGAGAGUGGGUUCGUGUGGGUUAUAGUGGGGCGCGUGGCAGAAAGAGACUUCCGCACUGUCCAGUUCUGGGAGCGGCCAAGUGACCGAACGGCUUCUACCAAGGAAGGCGAGCACUGCAGCACCUCCUCUCCUCCAUCAUCAUCCAUCAAACCUCACCACCGCCCAUCGCCCAACCGCCUCAUUCAAUCGCCCAGAGCCCCAGAAGAGGCCCGCGACCGCCGAAAACCACCGAUUCCCGUCAUAGAGAACGGUCUGAAAGCAUUCACCGCCCCGAAAUCCGAUUUUUCGAGUCCGCCGCUGCAGCAGGAGGAGUGCAUGUUGCUGGAUUGA